GUUUUGGCAUUUUCGCUUUGCUUGCCCCCGACGCGCAAUUCCCACCGAUCUUAGGAGCUCCGAUCCCGCCCCCGCCCCCGCCCCGCCUCUACCCAACCCGACCCACCGACCAGGCCCGGGGGGCGAUGGAAGCGGCAAGCGGCGGCCGGAGGGGGCCGGCGCUGGGCGCCCUCGCCGUGCUCCCCGACGAGGUGCUCUGCGCCGUCGUCGACCUCCUCCCGCCCGCCGACAUCGGGCGCCUCGCGUGCGUCAGCAGUGCCAUGUACAUACUUUGUAAUGAAGAACCUCUCUGGAUGAGCAAAUGUCUUUCAAUUGGGGGUCCUCUUGAGUACAAAGGUUCUUGGAAGAAGACAACAUUAUCUAGGCUUGGCCUAUGUUCAGAAAAUGACGAGAACUGGCAGAAGCCUCGUCAGUUUGAUGGGUUCAGUUCUUUGUAUCUAUACAGGAGAUGGUAUAGAUGUGUUACUAGUUUAAGUAGUUUUUCAUUUGAUGAUGGACAUGUGGAAAGGAAAGAUGACCUUGUAUUGGACCAAUUUCGCUCUCAAUAUGAUGGGAAAGGCCCAGUUUUGCUUACUAAGUUGGCUGAAACAUGGCCUGCAAGGACAAAAUGGACAUUGCAGCAACUAACAAGGGAUUUUGGUGAAGUUCCAUUCAGGAUAUCACAAAGAAGUCCUCAAAAGAUAACAAUGAAACUAAAGGAUUAUGUUUCUUACAUGGAACUCCAGCAUGACGAAGAUCCUCUGUACAUAUUUGAUGAUAAGUUUGGAGAAUCAGUGCCAGCAUUACUGAAAGAUUACAGUGUCCCUCAUUUAUUCCAAGAAGAUUUUUUUGAUAUUUUGGAUUAUGACCAACGACCGGCAUUCAGAUGGUUUAUUAUUGGACCAGAGAGAUCAGGUGCUUCUUGGCAUGUUGAUCCAGGACUGACAAGCGCAUGGAAUACCCUUCUUUGUGGCCGAAAAAGAUGGGCAUUGUACCCUCCAGGAAGAGUUCCUGGUGGUGUCACGGUACAUGUAAAUGAUGAAGAUGGUGAUGUUGACAUUGAAACUCCAACAUCAUUGCAGUGGUGGCUUGAUAUCUAUCCACAUCUUCCUGAACAUGAGAAGCCACUGGAAUGCACGCAAUUGCCGGGAGAGACUAUUUUUGUUCCUAGUGGAUGGUGGCAUUGCGUUUUGAACCUUGAGACAACAGUUGCAGUGACACAGAACUUUGUAAACCAGUCUAAUUUUCAGCAUGUAUGUCUGGAUAUGGCACCUGGUCACAGGCACAAAGGAGUUUGCCGUGCUGGUUUACUUGCUGUCCCAGGAAAAUCUGCUAAAGAUAAUGAAAAUCACGCACCUGUCCCAAUGAGUGGAUGGAACCACCCUGACAUGAGCCGUAAGGAAAAAAGGCUGAAAGGUUCAGAACCGCUAAGAACCUCAAAUAGCAUAAAUCACUGUUCUGCAUUUGAGUUCUCAGGUGUUCAGGAAAGUUUGGAAAAUCAAGAUUUCUCAUAUGAUAUAGAUUUCUUGUCACAAUUCCUUGAGAAAGAAAGGGAUCACUAUUCUUCUAUCUGGAGUCCAACGAAUUCACUAGGGCAGAGAGAAGCAAGAGAAUGGCUGCGCAGGCUUUGGGUUCUUAAACCUAAACUGAGAGAACUAAUAUGGAAGGGUGCAUGCCUUGCAAUAAAUGUUGACAAAUGGUAUUCAUGUUUAGAGGAGAUUUGUGCAUGUCAUAGUUUACCACUACCCACAGAGGAUGAGAAGCUUCCUGUUGGCACUGGUAGCAACCCAGUCUUCAUUGUCUCUGGCAAUGUGAUUAAGAUAUACGCAGAAGGAGGAUUGGAUUAUUCUGUCCAUGGUUUGGGCACAGAGCUUGAGUUCUAUGAUCUCCUGCAAAAAAGUGGUUCACCUUUGAUCAAUCACAUCCCUGAGAUAAUUGCUAGUGGCUUUCUUGAGUAUAAGGAUGAUAUCUACCGGACGAUUCCAUGGGAUGGAAAAGGGAUACCAGAUGUUUUGGCCAAACACUACCCAAUGGAGGUUUCUUAUGCAAACAGCUGUUUUCCUCUUGGGCUUUGGAGCAAGCAACGCUUUGGAACGAGCAGUUCACCUGAUGAUUCAAACAGACCGAUUUGGCCGUACAUGGUUACGAGAAAGUGCAACGGAGAUAUUUUUGCUCACAUCCGUGAUAUGCUGUCCAAGACUGAUAUUCUUCCUCUUGCGUCAUCCUUGGGAGUUCAAAUGCGAAAUAUACAUCUAUUACCCCUUCCACAUAUGGAGCAUGUACCCAAAUCUGGGAACAAUGAUGUGAAAGAUUGUGGUGAUGAUACGGUUCUACCUGAAUGGAAGCAACUAGUCUCUACUCUAAAUAGGAGAAAGCAGGAUGUAAAGAAGCACCUAGCUAACUGGGGAAACUCUGUCCCGCAAGUUCUAAUUGAGAAAGCUGAAGGAUAUCUACCUCCCAAUAUGGACUUCCUCAUCAAGUUUGUUAAGGAUGAUGGUGACGUGGUGUACCCACUCCCGUCUUGGAUACAUUCAGAUAUAAUGGAUGAUAACAUUCUCAUUGAGGGAAUCACAGAAUCGAGUCCUUCCGGUAACAGCAAAGGAAGUUAUGAAACAGAUCCGGAAAAAAUGAAUGCAAUUCACAUAAUUGAUUUCAGUGAUCUGUCCAUUGGGGAUCCUCUGUGUGACAUUAUUCCGUUACACUUGGAUGUUUUCCGGGGUGAUACUGACCUUCUCAGGGAAUUCCUACGGAGCUAUCAGCUUCCUUUACUGAGGGGGGAAUCAAAUGCUGAUAUAUACAAGACAGUGCAAAAUUCAAAGUUCCGCAGGGCAUCAUAUCGCGCAAUGUGCUACUGUAUACUACACGAGGACAAUGUCUUGGGAGCUAUAUUCAGCUUGUGGAAGGAGCUAAGGGCUGUGACUUCCUGGGAAGACGUUGAAAACUUCGUAUGGGGAGAGCUGAAUCGAUACCAGGAGUCCUGCACUCCAUAGUUGGCUCUUCAUAACCAAUACUGACAAGACUAAUAAACAUGUUCAAAUCUCGUGUUCCUUAACAUAUGCACCUUCAAAGAGCAGAAAAUAAUGAAGACCCAACACAACCAUUGCAUGUUCAUAUUUCCUGGGGAAGCAAUAAUCCUGCAAUGCGUGAAAGUGCUGUCAAAUGAUAUUUUUACAGCUUAUAAUACAUGGCCAUGUGUUCUUUGCGUACACGUAAGGUCGUUUAUAGGGUAUAGUGUGUAUAGGAACACUUACAGAUAAUCCCCAGCUCCCGUAGAACAAAUUAAUUAAACCGUUUGAUUCAUGAGCGACCUGCUGCUCAGUGAUUUUGGGGUAAUGUAAUUUUGAGACACGUAAAUGGAUUGCACAAAGCAGGUAGAAUGGUGUAUGGUUAAUUUUCAUUUGGUGUUUUCAUUUAAUGCUUGGAUUCAUAUGGUUGUUUU